AUUCAUUCGUUUUCUAUGGUUCAAGUUAAAAUGUUGUUUAGUUUACAUAUUUGUGUAUAACGUUGUAAUGUUAUUUAUUAAUUUAGUUGAUAUAUUAUUUCGUGUUUGAGUGAUUAAUUUGACUUAUGAAAAUAUUGGAAGUGCGGUCUGAAAAAAAUAAUUAUAAGUAGUUUAUUAAAUUAAAUAAACGAUUUCAAAGCGGCAAUGUAUACAAAUCAAGUUAAUUGUCACGCAUAUUACGAAAUUACGGUAUUUUUGGUGAGAAAUUGUUAGUUUGGCUGUGCUUCGAAGUGAAGGUAAAAAUCGAUUUGUAAUUCCUGCCCAAAAAGUGAUUGCCAAAAUAUCACCACCAUUCUUCUUGUUCUGUUAAUAAGAAAAAAAUUGCAUACAACCAUACUUACACUACUCCUGCAUCUGGCAAAUGAAUCUUUUGUGAGAAAUAUAUGAAAUAAAAUUUGUAAGAAAUGUGGCACAAAUUUCAUCAGGGGAGGUGCUACAAAUAUGUGAUUAUACCAAAGAAAAAUUAUUUUUCAAUGGUUCCAACGGUUUAUUAUAAAUUACACUAUAUUAUUGGCUUACUAUUAUUGCCGAUGAUAACAUCUGGUCAUAACUGUCAGCAUUUUCAUCCUAAAGCAGACGAGGUUGUCCAUGGCGUUCGCAUCGAGACGGCGGAUUCGCUGCAUCCACACCAGAGCACUCACAGCAUACACAAACGCAGCACAGACGCCGCUGACCAGCCAUUACGAAUUUUACUUUUCUACGACGAAUCUGUUUUCAGAUUGGAUGAAGACAAGUUUGAGUUAAUCAAUAACACAGUAUUACCAGAGGCUGUGCAAUUUUGGGAACAAGCGCUGAUGGUGCGCGAAACAAAGGGUGUCAUUAGGCUUAACAGAAAAUGCAAUAGUACACAAGUAUUUGUUAAAAAUGGUCUGACGCACUGCAUCGACAACUGCAAAAAGGUGACAAUGUGCGGCGAGGUAGAAGUUCCCAAAGAGCACUUAGAUGUGUGUCGCGUUUGUAAUGCCACCGGGCAAAACUGUCGGAAUGAUGAGUCCACACAGGCGGGUGAGGGCAUCGAAAAUGCCGACUUUAUAUUCUACGUGUCGGCACGUCAAACGGAGCGUUGUCAUAAGGGACUAACGGUUGCUUAUGCAGCACACUGUCAACAGGAGGCGCAUUUAGAUCGACCAAUUGCAGGCCAUGCCAAUUUGUGUCCAGAUAGCAUAAGUACAAAGCCACAAGAACUACAAACGCUCUUAUCCACCGUAAAACAUGAGAUUCUGCACGCGCUCGGCUUUUCGGUCAGUCUCUAUGCUUUCUUUCGCGAUGAAGAAGGCCGACCGCGAACCCCACGUAAACCAGAUACAGGAAAACCCUACCUAAACGAGAAACUGCAAAUCCAUCAGUGGAGCAAUCAGACAAUACGCAAAGUGGUACGCGAAAAAUGGGCGGUGCGCGGUGGUCAUGUACGCAAAGUCGUCGAUAUGAUGGUUACACCACGCGUUGUGGACGAAGUGCGCAAACAUUUUGAUUGUCCUCUACUGGAAGGUGCUGAAUUGGAAGAUCAAGGUGGUGAAGGCACAUCCUUAACGCAUUGGGAAAAACGGAUUUUGGAGAACGAGGCGAUGACGGGCACGCAUACACAAUCGCCAGUUUUUUCACGUAUAACGCUGGCGUUGAUGGAAGACUCCGGCUGGUAUCGUGCCAAUUACAGUAUGGCAGCACCCUUGUCUUGGGGCAAAGGACUAGGUUGUAAUUUUGUUAUGAACAGUUGCAAAGAGUGGAUUCAGGCAAAUAACGGCAG